AAGUCCUCCUCUCGUGGAAGUAUCGCGAGAUUGUGGUCUGGCUAAAAGGUCAGCUGAUCAUUCGCUAGCGUGUGGAGAGAGGCAAGUAACAUCAGAUACUUGUGCUGGGAUCUCUAUACUCCUGCUUCCACUCUACCACCAGGACUUCUGGAGAGUGCCACCCAGCCCCAAGAUGUCAGAUAACAGCCAACAAAGCCCUCCUAGACCAGGUCUAAUGCAAUUUCUGCUGAGUAACAAGCUGGAAAGUGCAAUGUGGCUGUCGCGUGUCUUCACAGUCUACUGCUCCAUCAUGUUCAUACUGCCAGUGUUGGGACCCUACGCGGCGGCCAACUUCUACCAGCGGGCACUUUUGGCUAACGCUCUCACCAGCGCCUUGCGCUUGCACCAGAGACUUCCUAGGUUCCAGCUGAGUCGAGCGUUCCUGGCCCAGGCCCUGCAGGAAGACAGCUGCCAUUACCUGCUCUACUCCCUCAUCCUUGUCAACUCCUACCCCAUCACCAUGAGCAUCUUCCCCGUCUUCCUCUUCUCUUUGCUUCAUGCAACCACCUACACCAAAAAAGUUCUGGAUUCCAUGGGUCCCAGCAGCCUGAUGUUCAUCAGGAACCUUCUGGACAAACUGUCUGCUAAUCAGCAGAACAUCCUCAAGUUCAUCGCCUGUAAUGAGAUCUUCUUGAUGCCCGCCACAGUCUUCAUGCUGUUCAGUGGCCAAGGAAGCUUGCUGCUGCCUUUCAUUUACUAUCGCUUCCUCAGUCUGCGGUACACGUCCAGAAGAAACCCCUACUGUCGCACUCUGUUCACCGAGCUGAGGGUCGUCCUGGAACACUUCAUCAUGAAACCAGCGUGUCCCACCAUCUUCAGAAGGAUGUGCCUCAGCAGCAUCGCCUUUGUCAGCCGCAUGGCCCCCACUGGUGUCUGAAGCACCUUUUGAUGAGGACAAUGUUUUGACUGACUGACAGUUAAGAACCAGCUGUCAUGUUGACUUGGUCUAAGUGUUGGACUGGACGUCUUACCUUAUUUAUUCACAUUCACACCAACUUCCAGGAAGAUCAUCUUAUAUACAUUGUCAUGAUGUGCUCUUGAACUAACUUCUUUUUGACUGUGAGGAUGUUGAAAACUGCUGUAUUUGAUGAAGAACCAAGCAUCCAUUAUGUUAUGCAUGGUGCAGGAAGUGCAUCACUUUUCAGUGCAUUCUUACCUUUUUCCCCUUAAGCCUUUUUUAUUGUAAUAGUUUUGCUUGAACAUUGUCUUUAUUUGCAUACAGGCGACCCGCAUUUAUAUUCCAAAAUAACCUCUUACACGAAGAAAUGAAAUAUUAAAGAACGAUAAUGUGA